AUGUACGUUUCGAAGCGAUCAUCAUGCUCAUCACUCGACACACUCAUUUCCAGAUGCUUCUCGUUCGCCUGCUUCGGGUUCGGUGCGCUUAUGCUAAUGAAUAGGUCGGUGGUUGACAGGUUCGCCAUAACACCGAAUGAGCAUGACAAAUAUGUCUGCUUUUUCACGUUUGUCUACUUUCCGCCGGCAAAUGGACAACACGAGAGACAAGCACUUGGUUCGGCGUUCCCCGAACGAGCACUGGACCUACUCGAUCUUUCUGUGAAUCGAAUCAACGUUGCUCGAAUGGUUUAUGAUGAGCGCAAUUUUGUCCACCGAAGGCGACGUAAGCGUCGAAUCGAGAAUCAGAGCGACGACGGCGGCGAAAAAAAGGAGAUAUCGGUGAAAAUCCCAUAUUUGAGCAUUUACACCAUCGCAUUUCUCGUUCUUUAUAUUUCAACCGGUGUAUUGUUAUUCAGAUUUUGCAAGAGACUCUACAAGCACAAAAUUCUACGGGAUCCGAUGUCGCGAAACGCGAUUCGCCGGUUUCCCCAAUGA